AUGUCGUCUAGAUUUGAAGUUAGUCGAUGUUCCUUAAUUAAACUCUCGUUACCAAUCGAGUUUGAGUCUACUGCCUCCAUACUUCUACAAUUUUGUCCAGAUUUGGAGUUAAUCCAUGGCUCCGUCUUCGAUUUUGUUGCGAUUGCCCUUGGAGACUUGAAACUGUGUUACGAGAAGCGCAGUCAACGUCAAUCAUACUCCGUCAUCGAUGUUCGGCAACCCAGCCUCCCACUCCGAAACUCGGUCGUCGUCAUCUCCACCGCUGACAUCGAAGUCGGUAAUUCUGACUUCCUCUCCCAUAGCAAUCAAUUGACAGCGAUCUCAGCUACUUGGCUUUUCUGCUCUGCAAUUCCUACACUUCUGGCUUUUAAAAGGGCAGCAGAGUCUCUUGAAAAACUGCUUGAUAUAACUAGGGAAGAGCUUCCUGACACAAUGGCUGAUGUUCGUUUAUCAGGAAUGGAAAUCAGUGACUUAACAAUGGAGCUCAGUGAUUUAGGGCAGGAGAUAACCCAAGGUGUUAAAAGCUCCAUCCGUGCAUCCUACACACAAGGGUUGAAUAUCUUGACAACCUAUGUAGGAGUUUUGCCACCUUGAAUAUGUUGACAACUUGUUAGUAAAAUACAAGACUUCAAAAAAAUGUUAUGACUUUUAAGGUACUUAAUUCACCUUAUUUUUAUUCCAACCUUAUUACGGAUAUUAUUCAUAUGAGGAAUGUAAUUAUUCUUCUAUUCAAAUGAGGCACACGUAUUUCAUUUCAAGAAUUUAUCCAUCGAAUAGACCAAUGUGUGAAUUGUAUAUUUGGUUAGUACACUCGUAGAGAUCUUAUUCACAUCAUCGGGAAGUUGUCAAGAGAAUUAUAAGAUACAAGGGCGAUGCUAUAUUGCUAUAUGUAUAUACAAAGGGUGUCCAUGGACGCCCCUUGAUUUGGAAAAUAAAUUGGAUAUUAUAUCAGAUUUUUAGACGGACACCUUUGAUCCCUUGAUUUUUCUUAGAGCAUUGGGUGUGGGCAACUGGAUGUAAACACCAAAUUGGUGCCACCUCAUCCAUAACACCAAGGGGGAAAUGGUGUUCCACAUGUUAUAUCAUGUUAAGAGGUAGAGAGAGAAAAUAAAGAAAAUUAUUUGAUUGAUUGAUGAAGGAGAUAGCCAAUCAUCUUUCUUGUUUUAUCUUGCCCUCGUUACAACAAGAUGCAACAUAACGAGCAAAAACGAGUAGGGGGGGCGGUGUCCCCCCCCCCCCCCCCCC